CACACACACACACACACACUCUCACGCACCCAGUCCCUCACACUGAACCAGCCGAGAGAGGGAAGAAUGAGGAAGAACUCGCACGCACAUUUCAGCGCUCUCAGAUUUGCUGAUAAAGCAUCAGAUAUUUGAUCGCUACGGGUCUGUUUGGGGAAAAACACGCGUGUAUGGAAAUCGGAGGGUCCAUAUAAUACUCGCGUGGGUCUCUAAUCUUUCCUGCAUCUCCUAUAUAAAAACCUAAACUAAUGCGAGCUGGGAUACUACUGACGGCUUCCGACACGCACUGUCUCCGUUAACAUUCCUGCUGCCGUUUUCCCACAGACUGACUACUUCACGGAACACCGUUACGCAGAAGUUUGUCGCCGAGUAAGGAACGAUGAGGCAUCGUGACACCUCCCCACGCCUCUUCCUGAGCUUUCAGUGUCUAGUCAUCAUGGUGAUACUGCUCUACAACGUCCACCAUGUGACAGCGGAACAUGCUUCAGACCACAGCCAGGAUCAUAGUUCUCCUUCCAACAAGUCUUUGAGCUGUGGUGGGUCAGUUACAUGUGCCCCAGGAGUCAUCCUUCCGAUGUGGGAGCCCCCAAACCCUUCGUUUGGAGACAAGGUAGCCCGAGCCACGGUUUACUUCGUGGCAAUGGUAUACAUGUUUCUGGGAGUUUCGAUUAUUGCUGACCGCUUCAUGGCAUCCAUUGAGGUCAUCACCUCUCAGGAGAAGGAGAUCACCAUUAAGAAACCCAAUGGUGAAACGACCACUACAACUGUACGCGUCUGGAAUGAAACUGUGUCCAACCUCACCCUCAUGGCUCUGGGGUCUUCAGCUCCUGAGAUUCUGCUCUCGGUCAUUGAAGUGUGCGGCCAUAAUUUUGAAGCUGGUGACCUUGGACCCGCUACCAUUGUCGGCAGUGCAGCUUUCAACAUGUUCGUCAUUAUUGGAAUCUGUGUCUACGUGGUGCCCGAUGGAGAGCAUCGCAAAGUGAAACACCUGCGUGUUUUCUUCGUCACCGCCACUUGGAGCAUCUUCGCUUACUUGUGGCUCUACCUGAUCUUGGCUGUUAUCUCGCCGGGCGUCGUCCAGGUGUGGGAAGGUCUUCUUACUCUUUUCUUCUUUCCAAUUUGCGUGGUCUUUGCUUGGAUCGCUGACCGCCGCCUCCUGUUUUACAAGUAUGUUUACAAGCGCUACCGAGCUGGCAAGCACCGUGGCAUGAUCAUCGAGACGGAGGGGGACCGUCCUCUGCCAUCCAAGGUGGAUAUCGAGAUGGAUGGGAAGAUGCUGAACUCUCACGCAGUGGAUUUCUUGGAUGGAACUCUGGCUUUGGAACUGGAGGACAAAGAUCUAGAUGAGGAGGAAGCAAGACGUGAAAUGGCGAAGAUCCUGAAGGAACUGAAGCAGAAACAUCCCGAUAAAGAGGUGGAGCAGUUGAUUGAACUCGCUAAUUACCAGGUGCUCAGCCAGCAGCAGAAGAGCCGUGCAUUCUACCGAUGCCAAGCGACCCGCUUAAUGACCGGAGCAGGUAACAUUCUGAAGAAGCAUGCGGCGGACCAAGCUCGUAAAGCAGUGAGCAUGCAUGAGGUGCGCAGUGACACUGGAGAGAAUGACCCGAUUUCAAAGAUCUUUUUUGACCCUAGCUCUUACCAGUGCCUGGAAAACUGUGGAACCGUGGCUGUGAAUGUGAUCCGACGUGGAGGCGAUCUCAACCAGACGGUGUCUGUGGAAUUCCGCACAGAAGAUGGAACCGCAAACGCCGGCUCAGAUUACGAAUUCACAGAAGGCACUGUCGUUUUCAAGCCAGGUGAGACGCAAAAGGAGAUUCGAGUUGGAAUUAUUGACGAUGACAUCUUUGAAGAGGAUGAGAACUUCCUCAUCCACCUCAGCAAUGUCCGUGUGCUUCACGAGGGUGAUGAGCCAGAGACCACUGAAGCCAAUCACAUGGAGACCAUCGCAACGCUCGGUGUGCCCUCUACAGCAACAGUCACCAUCUUUGACGAUGACCAUGCUGGAAUCUUCACAUUUGAAGAGCCAGUCGCCCACAUUAGUGAGAGUGUGGGUGUCAUGGAAGUGAAGGUACUGCGUACGUCUGGCGCCCGUGGGGUGGUGUCACUGCCAUAUAAAACCAUUGAGGGAACUGCGCGUGGAGGGGGAGAGGACUUUGAAGACUCCCAUGGUGUUCUGGAGUUCCAAAACGACGAAAUCUUGAAGACGAUAUCAGUCAGGGUUCUCAAUCGAGAGGAAUACGAUAAGCAAUGCAGCUUUUGCAUAGAGCUACAGACGCCACUUUGGAGAAGGAGAGGAUGGACAGUAUACAGAGAGGAGGAGAAAGAGGCGGGGCAGGAAGAGGCGGAGCCUCUGACAGGCGAAGAGGAAGAGGAACGACGCAUCGCUGAAAUGGGGAAGCCAAUGCUAGGAGAUCACCCUAAACUGGAGGUUAUCAUUGAGGAAUCUUAUGAAUUCAAGAAUACAGUUGAUAAGCUGAUUAAAAAGACAAACUUGGCUCUUCUGGUUGGCACCAACAGCUGGAGGGACCAGUUCAUCGAGGCCAUCACAGUCAGCGCCGGUGAGGAUGAUGAUGAUGAAGAAUGCGGAGAGGAGAAGCUCCCCUCCUGCUUCGAUUACGUCAUGCAUUUCCUCACUGUCUUCUGGAAAGUUCUCUUUGCCUUUGUCCCGCCCACUGACUACUGGAACGGGUGGGCGUGUUUCGUGGUGUCAAUCAUUAUGAUUGGCGUUCUGACGGCUUUCAUCGGAGACCUGGCAUCCCACUUCGGCUGCACCAUCGGACUCAAAGACUCUGUCACAGCAGUGGUGUUUGUAGCGCUAGGAACUUCAGUGCCAGACACCUUUGCCAGUAAAGUGGCAGCGAUACAGGAUCAGUACGCCGACGCGUCCAUUGGAAACGUGACGGGCAGCAACGCCGUGAACGUCUUCUUGGGCAUCGGAGUGGCCUGGUCCAUCGCCGCCAUCUACCACAAUUCAAAGGGCCACGAGUUCAGGGUGGAGCCGGGUAACCUGGCCUUCUCUGUCACCCUCUUCACCAUUUUCGCCUUUAUCUGCGUGGCGGUGCUCAUGUACCGCCGCCGGCCCGACAUCGGUGGCGAGCUGGGGGGUUCGCGGACUGCUAAAGGGCUGACCACCAUGCUUUUCGUCAGCCUCUGGCUCCUCUACAUCCUGUUCUCCUCUCUGGAGGCUUACUGCCACAUCAAGGGCUUCUAAACACACGCACACGCGCUCACACACGCAUACACACGCAGAACUACACACCUUCACACAGUGACACACACACGAUCAUGCAUUCUGUGGAAAAAUACGCAAAGACUAAAGGGUAAAGACUAAAGACUGCAGAGGAAGGCAACAGCGGCGGACUCGGUUUCGGGUUCACGAGAAUAAUAAUUUUCCGCAGAUCAUCGGCCCGUUCUUCUGUUCUCUCAACACGCCAUUCCUUCAUCCUCAUCUUCCUCUAUUUGUUGUGUGACUGCAUCUGAUUGGACGGGGUGUGACCACAUUGUUCAAGCAUCAAAUCUAGACUAUAAAAGCUACUAUUGCUACCUUUAACUACUGUAGUUGUGCUUUUUUAACCUAAACCAGUAUAAAAGCCACGUGGGACCGUGGAAUCUGUAAGCUCCCUUCAUAGUGCCAUGGAACUCUGGGUAAUGUGGCUGUGUGUUAUAGGUUUGUUAUCUUAACGGGGACCGAGCGGUACUGUAAUUUUGCUUGGGUGAUUUUUCAGACAGAUGAUGUAAUCGGAACGGUCCUAAACAGCUUUUGUUGUUCUCAAGAGCAACUUGUAGUUCCUGUGAAGGCCAGUUUUUAUCCCGCUCUUGCACUGGUGCAGUUCAUUCCAGUUCAGAAAGAGAAUAACAAUAAGAGAGUGCAGUACACCAGCUCUAUUCUCUGCCGGCGCUGAAGCUCUAGAGACCAGA